UUCCAUCCCGAUUCUCUAAGAGCAAAACGAUGAAUUUAAACUUCACGCAUACGAUGCGAAGCAUAAACUACUGGUUCCCGUUGGCGAAACGGUACAGACUUUGCUAAUCAGGGAAGCUGUUCACUCAAAUCCUCUUGAAGCUGCAAUGGACUUUACGAAGAAACAUUCUGCAAAAUGCUCAAAUGAUGCUUUUCACAGAUGCUCUUCAAUUCUUUCUUUCAUUUCCAUUCUGUUGAUUGUUGCGCUGUUCUUUAGGAUGGAAACAAUAAACAGGAACACAAAGAGGAACGAACUUCGCAUUUCAGAUGUUGAAGGUCACCUUAAGGUCGCCGUUUUGAGGAAAAGAGCAGGUAACGAGGAGAAACUGUCAAAGG